GCCUCGAAGAGGCCCCCGAGAAGCUGUGCACUGAAGGCCACUACUGUCCCCAAGGGGCCAUCAGUCCCCGGCAAUGCCCCAUAGGGACUUUCAACGACAAAGAGGGCCAGGCCGGCCAAGAGGGCUGCCUCAAAUGUCCCCCCGGUGAGGCCCUGUCUCCAAACUGUCUCCUUUCAGCAGCAGCAGCAGCACCAGCGGCAGCGCCACCAGCAGCAGCAGCAGCAGCAGCAGGGCGCGCUGGGACGUACGUCCAGCGCUCUGGGGUGCACGCACAGCAGCAGCAGCAGCAGCAGCAGCAGCUGGUUGGAGUGUAUGUACACUGCGCAGGAAAGUACUGCGGAGACGCGGGCCUGGGGAGUCCCUCAGGAGACUGCCAAGAAGGGACUUGGUGUCUCUCGGGCUCUCAAAUCCCAGACGCUUCUCUCGCCUAUCUCCCCAGCGCUGCAGUCCUUUGCCCAGCCGGAUACACUUGCCCGCAAGGCGCGAUUGUCCCCACGCCCUGCCCCGUGGGGACCUUCAAAGAAGACAAGGGGGCCCCCCCCUGCCAGCCCUGCCCCGGGGGGGCCUUUUGUGCCCACGAGGCCCUCACUGCAGCAGCAGCAGAUGGGCCCUGCUUCCCAGGGUACUACUGCAAGGGGGCCUCCACCUCGGGGGCCCCCUCAGACCCAGCCCAGGGGGGCCUCUGUCCCGAGCACAAGUACUGCCCCGCAGGCUCUUCGGCACCCCUCGACUGCCCCAACGGGACCUUCAACAACUCGCAAGGAAUGAGUUCGUGUCCGCCGUGCGCAGCAGGCUACGUGUGCAGCAACCAGAGCGUGCAGGAGUGUCCCCAGGGGGGCUACUGUCCCCCCGGGCAGUGGGAGGAGACAGUUUGUGCUGCAGGGACUGUGGGGCUAGCAGCAGGGCUGCAGCAGCAGCAGCAGUGCGCAGAGUGCCCCGCAGGCAAAGUCUGCAGCAGCGGCGCUGUCUCCGGAGACUGUCCCCAGGGGGGCCGUGUCCGCUGGGCAUGUACUGCCCAGCGGGCACUCCAGUGCCGCUGCGCUGCAGCGCGGGAACAGCAACAGGAAUAG